GCACGUGCUUUAUCCCCGCCCCCGCGUUGCCAGGGAAACGUUACGCGUGCUGACGUCACUGCAGCGGCGCACUCAGGGCUCACUCGCUCGCCGGAGACGGCCAGGGUUUCUCGGCGAGAUUUCUCUGUGUAUUAGCGCGUGUGAUGGAGGUGUCUGUGUCGAUGGACCCGCUGUUCCUGGCCUGGAGCUGCUGCCGGAGACGCCAGCUCCAGAGAAGUGCUGAUAUCUGCUCGAAGAUCCUCUCAGAGAGCCCGUUUGACCAGGCGGCGUGGAGCUUGAAGACUCGGGCUCUGACGGAGAUGGUGUUCGUGGAUGAGGUGGAGGUGGAUCAGGAGGGCAUCGCUGAGAUGAUGUUGGACGAGAGCUCCAUCGCCCAGGUGGCACGUCCAGGAACAUCGCUGAGACUUCUGGGAACGAGCCAGGGCGGAGCGCCCACUCCAGCUGUCAGACCCAUGACUCAGUCGGGGCGGCCCAUCACAGGGUUCGUGAGACCCAGCACACUGACGGGCAGACCCGAGACGAUGGAGCAGGCCAUCAGAACCCCUCGCACCGCCAGCUCGGCCCGGCCCGCCACCAGCGCCUCAGGGAGACUCGUGCGGCUGGGAACGGCCUCCAUGCUCACACACCCCGAUGGACCCUUCAUCAACCUCUCCAGGAUAAACCUGGCCAAGUACGCUAAGAGACCCAACAUGGCCAAGACCUUGUUUGAAUACAUCUUUCAUCAUGAAAAUGAUGUGAAAAAUGUAAGUAUGUCUGGUGUGAUGUUGUGGUCACAGCUGUUUUCUGUGUGUAUGACAUUAACGCCUCCUCGUCCCCAUGUGCAGGCGCUGGAGCUGGCGGCGGCGGCCACUGAGCACGCUCAGUUCAGGGACUGGUGGUGGAAGGUCCAGCUGGGGAAGUGCUAUUACAGACUGGGUUUGCACCGGGAAGCAGAGAAGCAGUUCCGGUCUGCGCUCGCUCAGCAGGAGUUCGUGGACUCCUACCUCUACCUGGCCAAGGUGUACCAGCGUCUGGAUCAGCCCAUCACGGCUCUGAAUGUGUUUAAGCAGGGCUUGGAUCACUUCCCCGCCGAGGUCACGCUGCUCACGGGGAUCGCACGCAUACAUGAGGAAAUGAAUAACGUGAUCUCGGCCACUGAAUACUAUAAAGAGGUCCUGAAGCAGGACAACACACACGUGGAGGCCAUCGCCUGUAUCGGCAGCAAUCAUUUCUACUCAGACCAGCCAGAGAUCGCCCUGCGCUUCUACAGGCGUUUGCUGCAGAUGGGGGUGUUUAACUGCCAGCUGUAUAAUAACCUGGGCUUGUGCUGCUUCUACGCGCAGCAGUACGACAUGACGCUGUCCUCCUUCGAGCGAGCACUAGCCCUGGUGUCCAGCGACGAGGAGCAGGCCGAUGUCUGGUACAAUCUGGGUCACGUUGCAGUGGGCAUUGGUGACUUGACUCUGGCUUACCAAUGCUUCAAACUGGCCUUGGCUUUCAACAACAACCAUGGAGAAGCUUACAAUAACUUGGCCGUAUUAGAGCUACGGAAAGGCCGAAUCGAGCAGGCGAAAGCUUUCCUGCAGACGGCUGCUGCGUUGUCUCCUCACAUGUACGAGCCACACUUUAACUUCGCCACACUCUCUGAAAAGGUUGGAGAUGUUCAGAGCAGUUUCGCGGCCGCUCAGAGAUCUGAGGACGCGUUCCCUGAACACGUGGACACUCAGCAGAUCCUGAAGAACCUCCGACUGCACUUCUCCACGCUAUAGCCCUCAGCGGAUCCUCCAGCAGACACAUGCAUGUCUAUCACCCCUGACAUGACUGUAGAGCGCUUUGGGUGAACAGUAGUGCAGAUGAGGAAAAAACGCUUCAGAAAUGCGUCAUUCAUUCAUUUACAAAAAUUAAAAUGAUCAUAAAAAUGGCAUUGUUUUGUUAGUCCUGCUUUGAGGCGGCUCCAUCACUAUAUGUAUAUUACAUUUACAUUACAUUUAAUCAUUUAGCUGACAUUUUUAUUGAAAGUGACUUGUUUAAAAGAGCAAUAGAAGUCACGAUACAGUCAAAGCAACAUUAUUCAGACACCUUCAACAUUUCUCACAUUAUCAGUUUAUUCGCUAUAGUUUAGAAAAUGGUAAUGAAAUAUGAGCAGAACUCGGAGUUAUCAGAUCAGUUGGGUCUGUGUACUUUUGAUCAUUUCUUUUCCUGUUUGGAAUGGAAUAACGAGAAAUGAAAACCAGCUCGUUUCUUCAGGUGUUUUAGUUUAAAGGAGCCGAAUCAUGUAAGAUU